UCUCGCUAGCACAUUAAUUAGUGAACCCUGUUUCUUAAAAAAGGUUUAACCAUGUUAAUCGUACAUCUUUCAUGGGAAUAACCUCAAUCGUGAGGCGUUUAGGUGAGAGGAAACGACGAGAUAGCGAUUUCUUUAGGUUACACCGUGAUUGGAAAACCCUAGCUUAGAUCCUCUAGACUCAAUCCAAGCCUAAAGAUUUUCGAUUCGUUGCACCGUUUCUCAAUACCAAUUGAGAUUCGUGUUCUAAUAUUGCUGAAAUCGAUUACGAGGUCUCUUAUCAAAGGUUGUGCAGAACCCAAGAAAGUUUAGAUCACUGACGGUGACCUAGGGGAUUCGUUUGAGAUGUCAAGCUUUCACGUGGGAGGAAAGGUAGUGGACAAGGUCGACUUGUGUAGGAAGAAACACUGGGCGUGGCCUUUGGAUGUUUGGCCGUUUGCUAUCCUCUAUGCUACGUGGUUGGCUACAAUCGUGCCUAACGUAGAUUUCAUCGAUGCUAUGAUCGGUUUUGGUGAUCUUCUUGCUUCUCACAUCUUAGUCUUGCUUUUCACUAUGUGGUCUGUGGAUUUCAAGUGUUUUAUCCAGUUUAGCAAGGUUAACAGUAUCAUCCAGGCAGAUGCGUUUAAAGUCACCCCAGCCAAGUUUUCUGGUUCUAAAAAAGUUGUGCCUCUUCAUUUUCGUAGCCAAAUGACUGGUUCGUCAUCCUCAGGAGACAUGGAAUAAAUUUUUUUUGACUUCAGAAAGCAGCGUUUUAUGUACUCAAAAGAGUUAGGAGCCUUUUCCAAGCUUCCUUACCCCACAAAGAAAACAUUUGGUCAUUAUCUAAAAUAUACUGGCCAUGGUACAUAAGAUAAAGUUGCAACAGCCACUGAGAAGUGGGGAAGGAACGUGUAAGACAACUUAUCACUUUUAUAUACAUGUUUUUUAUUAUAAGUUCAUUUUAUGGUCGACAA